CAUAAAUAUUUUUGUUCGUCGCCGUCGGUUGAAAAUAAAAUAAAGUCGAAAAGCAAGUGAAGGUCUCUAAGUCAACAUGGCUGGUGAUUAUAUGAGGCAGAAACUCACGACUUUUACAGAAGCUGUAUUUCCCACACGAAAUGCUGUAAAACGUCAGCAUCACAUGUUAAGACCAGGAAAUGAGUUAGUAUCCAGCUUGCCUCUCCAGGUUUCUCUCUACUUCAAUGCCUUCUUCUUCCCGAUCUGGGUUGUAACCUGUGUUGUCAUGCUGCAAUUAAAGUUUGCCCAUCUGAAUCAGAUCUAUCAGUUUAUCAGCAUCACCAUGUAUGUGGUACUGACCGGUGUGGAGGUCAUCAGACUCUACCUUGGUUACCUAGGCAACCUACAGGAAAGGGUGCCAGAGCUGGCAGGUUUCUGGCUCCUGACGCUCAUCCUCCAGUUCCCGCUCAUCCUCUACCUCCUCAUCGACUCCCGGGCGAUGCCGUUCCCCAUCGAGCGAGCGGUCCACAUCAUCUUCCUAUCCUUCCUCGCCUUUGACGUCGUCGGGGGCUACUUUGCCUUGAAGCGGAUGACCCACCACCAGGUGAUGAAGUUCCAUCUGCAGCAGUUUGAUGACAUUGAGCUGAUGGAAGAUUCGCCUGGGAGGUUCAUGAACUCGCCUAACCUCGCAACGCAAAGAUACAAACCUCUUAGAUGACCUGACCUGAGUGUGAAAAAAUGAACUGAGGAAUGUUGGGGUUCAAGAGGUCAAAGAUGAAGCUCGCAUAUUAUGUUUUACCUGUCCCGGAAAUACACCUUCUCUUUAAAUGACAGUUUUAAGUGUAAAUUGAAUUUGUAUUGUUUGACAGUUUAAGUUGAUUAAUUAUGCACCAAACUAUCAAAGUGUUUCAAGCAGGAUGUUUUAAAAUGUCAACUUCAUUGAGUAUUUAGUUUAUGUCAAUUUCUCAAAUUCACCUUGCUAAAAUGGCAAUAAUAAGGUAGUAUACAUUUAGGAGAACUGUAUUUAGUGUUUACUUUCGGUUACUGUGCUCAAUACAGUAUCACAAUUUUUUAUCACAGUUUUUAUCAUAAUUUAAAAUACAUCAUAAGAUACAUGAUCUCAUGAUGAUCAUGAUGAAAUACACCUUCUCUUUAAAUGACAGUUUUAAUUGUAAAUUGAAUUUUUAUUGUUUGACAGUUUAAGUUGAUUAAUUAUGCACCGAACUAUCAAAGUGUUUCAAGCACGAUGUUAUAAAACGUCAACUUCAUUGCGUAUUUAGUUUAUGUCAAUUUCUCAAUUUCACCUUGCUAAAAUGGCAAUAAUAAGGUAGUAUACAUUUAGGAGAACUGUAUUUAGUGUUUACUUUCGGUUACUGUGCUCACUACAGUAUCACAAUUUUUUAUUCAUCUAGCAAGUAAGCAAAAAAUUAUAGUUACAUGUAUGUUAUCGUUUUUAUCAUAAUUUAAAACACAUCAUAAGAUACAUGAUCUAUUUGUGCCAAUUAACUGUUCUUGUAAUACAUAGAGUGGAUACAUGUGACUGAUAUUAAAAGAGACUUUUAUUAUGGCUCAAGGUAGGGUUAUGCCCUGAAAAUUUAAACAUUCCAAUGAACUAUCAGAAAUAGUAAUGUAAAUAUGCGUGUAAAUAUUUGUAAGAUUUUAUAGCAUUUAUUUAUUCUGUCGUUUUGUGAAAUUUAUCAUCAAAAUUUUUCAGUGUUUUGAAUAAAGGCCUUAU